UUACUCCAUGUGCUUUGCUUUCCAGGGGCUAAAGACAUGUGGAGAGCCUACUCUGAUAUGAGAGAAGCUGGGUACAUAGGUGCAGACAAAUACUUCCAUGCCCGCGGAAACUAUGAUGCUGCCCAAAGGGGACCAGGGGGUGUCUGGGCUGCUAAAGUGAUCAGUGAUGCCAGAGAAGGUAUUCAGAGAU